GCAUUGGGACCGACGGUCAUGCAGCUCUUCGGGGCGGCGCUGCUGCUGUGCGCCGCGGCGGCGGGGAUGGCGGCGGGACCCGCACCGGGAACGGGCCGAGCCGGGACCGAGCGGCGGACGGCGGCGGCGGGCGGCAAAGAGCGGCGGGCGCAGUUCGCCUCCUGGGACGAGGUGAACGUGAUCGCCCACGGGCUGCUGCAGCUCGGCCACGGCCUGAAGGAGCAUGUGGACAGGACCAAGGGGCAGAUGCGGGAGCUCGGCAGCCGCCUGAGCGCCCACAACAGCUCCAUGGGGCGGCUGCUGCGCCAGGCUCGGGAGACGCAGGAGCAGGGAGAGCUGCUGCGGGCCAGCGUGCGGGAGCUGGAGGGCCGCGGGCGGCAGCUCUUCAACCUCUCCGAAGCGCUGCGGCAGCGGUUGGAGGAGGUGGCGGCCGACAAAGCCGAGAUCCAGGGCCGGCUGGAGCAGCUGGAGGGCCGCGUGCGGCAGGCGCUGCAGGCGCGGCCGGCGGAGAACCAGAGCUCCAAGGACCUGGGAGCGCUGCAGACCCUGAUGGACGCUCAGAACUCGCGAAUCGAGGAGCUCCUGCAGAAGAUCAAGCAGCAGCAGUACAAGCUGGACAAGCAGAAUCUGCAGAUUAAAAGCCUGCAGAGCAAGGUCAACCUGCUGAUCCCUUUACAUCCGAAGGACAACAAAACGCAGUCUCCGAAGUGGAAGAUAAACCCAAAGAAAAGCUUCAGCCACACCAACCAGAGCCAUAAUGUGAGCGUGGAGCCCGCGCUGCCGCACAAGCUCCCAGAGGACUGCCAGCAGCUCUUCCUGGCCGGGCAGCAAAGCAGCGGUGUCUUCCAGGUGCAGCCCUCGGGGUCUCAGCCCUUCAAAGUCUACUGUGACAUGACUGCAGAAGGUGGCUGGACGGUGAUCCAGAGGCGUACGGAUGGCUCUGUGGACUUUGACCAGCUUUGGGAUGCCUACAAGAAUGGCUUUGGAGACCUUCAUGGUGACUUCUGGCUGGGCUUGGAGAAGAUCCAUCACCUGGUCCAGGAGGGAAGGUACGACCUCCUGAUUGAGCUGGAAGACUGGGAGGGAAACUCCCAGGAGAUUCAGUUUGAGUUCAGCCUCGGUGGGGAGAGCACAGCCUACACACUCAACCUGCUGGGACCUCUGUCUGGAGAACUGGAAAAUGCCAUUGGGGACUUCAGGCAGCUGCCCUUCUCCACUCGGGAUCGUGACCACGACCUCAAAGCGGACACAAACUGCGCCAAGCACCUCUCAGGCGGGUGGUGGUUCAGCACCUGCGGCCACGCCAACCUCAACGGGAAGUACUUCCGCUCCAUCCCCCGGCAGAGGCACGAGCGCAAGCAGGGCAUCUUCUGGAAGACCUGGAAGGGCAGAUAUUACCCUCUGAAAUCGACCACCAUGAAAAUCCAACCCGCUGCGCUGGAGGCAGAGCCUUAAAGCUGCCGUUUCAGACUUCAGACUGAGCUUCUCUGCGGAGCGCGGACGUGAGCUCCAUCAGUUGGUGUUUACAGGAAACAAUCCCACCCUCCCUGCGGAGACCCCCGAGGACCGUUUCUCUUUGCUGGCAGCCCUUAUAGUGGGCAGCGGCACAGUGCAGCUCUUCACUCAAGUAAAGCAGCUCCACGUCGCUGAAGCCCCCGGAUGGGGGUUUCCAAAGCAGGAGGUUUGACCUCCAGAGCAUGCCGGGGGUCCGCCCGCCCGCCUCGAGCCCUGCAGUGGUUCCUGCAGCCUUCCGGUGCUUUUUCUGCCCUGCCUGAACACUUCCGUGCUGGUUUUGCUGGGCUGGGGGUGAAGGGAGGCGUGGGAAGUUCUUUCGCUGCCCUGCACCCAUCUGGGUGCUGAGCCUCGCCGUGUCCCACCUCUCAGUGCUGUCCCCACGUGUGACCGUAUGCACACCCUGUGAGUGUCCCCAGCCCUCUUCCCCCACUCCUCAGCCCCGUGGGAUGGGAGCUUUGGCAGCUCCAUCUCAUUUCUGCCUCGCAGCCCUGCUCUGCUGACUCCAACCCGAUGGGAAUAUAGAAUCCUUAGAGGUGGAAGGGACCUCUGAGUGCCAUCUCGUCCAACUCCCCUGCAUUAAACAGGGACGUAUGGGUGUCACCGGGAGGAUGUGGGACUCCGCUGGGAGAAGGGCACCUCGAGCUCCCUCAGUUUCCCCACCCCCAAAGCUUGAAAGCUGGCUUGAAAUUUGUUGUGAGCUGGGAAAAACGCUCACAGCUCCGGGAAGCGAUGAGCAAGAUGAUGCAGGCAGCUGUGGGGGGGAGCUGGGGGCUGAGUCAUGGCUAAGCCUAUAGCUCAGCAGUGGGACGUGCGCUGGGACAGCACACGCAUGGAGCAGCGGCCAUCUGUGGGAAACCACUGUCCCACUGCCAGCUGUAUGCUCUGACAGCCCGGAGCUCUUAGAGCCUGCAGCAACGCCUUCUCCAAGAAGAGCCCCCAUCCUUUGCAGAGCCUCUCCUGCACACCCUGAAACACGGCCUGAAGGCCGGGGGACAUCGGGGCUGCCCUGCAAGAGCUGCCCUGCCUGGCUGGGUGCAGUUCUGCCCUGGGGUGCUGGUGGGUGUAGGGGGAGCUGGGUGAAACUGAUCCCUAAAAACUGUUACGGGCCAAGCUGCCGUCUUGGGGCUUCCCAAGCAUCCUGCCCUAUUGAAGUCAUAUUGACUGCCGUGCUAGAGCUCCUAGCUGCUAAUUUUGUAAAUAGCCAUUUGUAGGAUGUUGGAUCUUUUCGACGAAUUUCUCGGUUUAAUUUGUUUCCGUAUUUAAAUGCAGUGUUCAUGUGGUGUAAUUUAUAAGCGUCGGCGCUGGAAAGCAACAGCUGUAGUUGGUGUAUUUUAAACUUUUUUUUUUUUUUUUGCUUUUCUUUUCUUUUUUUUUUUGUACUAAGAUAUCUUUUCUGAAAACGUCUUUUAAUAAAAAGAAGCCUGAAAGUG